AUGGAUCUGGAUGUUGGGCUCCAGACAGGGAUACAAGGUGCUUUGGGGAAGCCCCAGGGCACCGCGGCCAGAGUCCACAUCGGCCAGGUCAUCGUGUCCAUCUGCACCAAGCUGCAGAACAAGGAGCAUGUGAUCGGGGCCCUGCGAAGGGCCAAGUUCAAAUUCCCUGGACACCAGAAGAUACACAUCUCCAAGAAAUGGGGCUUCACCAAGUUUAACACAGAUAAAUUUGAAGACAUGGUGGCUGAAAAGCACCUCUUCCAUGGCUGUGGAGUCAAACACAUCCCCAACUGAGGUCCUCUGGACAAAGUGGCGGGCCCUGCACUCCUGAGAGCCUCAGAGAUGUCCCUUAAUCAAUGACAAUAAAUUAAGAUCCUGCUUAUCUUUAAAAAUAAAUAAAUAAAUAAAUAAAUAAAUAAAUAAAUAAAUAAAUAAUAAA